AUGGUUAUAUCUGCAGAAUACAGCUUUGCUGCUUGGGCUCAGGUUGUGGCGGGCCAUCUGGUGAUCUUCAACUGCUGGGGUUACAUUACUUCGUUCGGAUUCUUCCAGUCAUACUAUGUGCAACUACUCGACAGGUCAGCUUCGGAUGUGGCAUGGAUAGGGUCCAUGCAGAUGUUUUUACUCAACUUUGUUGGUGUCUUCUCUGGAAGGGCGGUCGAUCUGGGGUACUGCCGCCUGUGUUUGAUGCUUGGCUGUUCUCUCCAGGUUAUUGGCAUCUUCACGACAGCCUACUCUACACAAUAUUGGCAAUUCUUCCUUUCGCAAGGUGUCUGCAGCGGGCUUGGACAUGGGCUCCUGUUUGCUCCGAUUGUGUCGAUUCUUCCGACCUAUUUCAAGAAGAAACGAGCCUUUGCCGUCUCUCUGGCGACUUGCGGUGCUGCCACGGGAGGGAUGGUGUUUCCGGCUAUAGCCUACACCUCGAUGACGAAAUAUGGGUUCAGAUGGACGGUUCUCAUCAUGGCAUCCGUUGUCACCUUCAACGCGAUCAUAAUUGUGAGCCUGGCGAGACCUCGCAUCCAAGCACGAAAGGCUCGGUCGUUGUUCGAUGCAAGUGCUUUCAAGGAAGCGCCAUAUUCGUUCUUUGCUCUCGGCUCCUUCUUGACUCUCUGGGGCAUCUAUUUUGCCUACUUCUAUGUCGGCAUAUACGGGCGUACGGUUCUUGAUUUUACCCAGCGGACAUCCUUACUCGCCAUCAUCGUCAUGAACGGUGUAGGCAUCUUUGGGCGCACCAUUCCAUCCCUACUCGCGGAUAGAUACUUUGGUAUUCUUCACUCUCUGAUCCCGGUCGAGCUAGCAAGCGGGGUCCUUCUGCUUGGCUGGAUUGGAGUCAACUCAACUGGAGGCUUAUUUGGAUGGGCAGUUAUCUAUGGCAUCUGUGCAAAUGCAACCCAGAGCUUGUUUCCUGCAUCAGUCGGCGAUCUGAGCACAGAUCCGACAAGAGUAGGGACAAAGGUCGGCAUGAUCCUGGGCAUCGUGAGCAUAUCUUGUUUCACCGGGCCACCAAUCGGAGGACGGUUGGUUGCUCUGCGGAAUGGAGACUACUUAUAUGCACAACUAUUUGGCGGGUUUACAAUGUUGGCUGGUGGGGCAGCGUACCUGACCUCUGCUGUGUUGAAGAAUAGAGCGUUAAAGAGGCAGCCAAGUCAGGUAUAAGAGAAGCAUUGUGUACAUAGAAACAAACAAAUACGGAUGGUGACUUGACAAGGCGAAGAAGAGCA